AGCAUCAGGCAACGAUGGACAGGCUGUCCCACAUGGGAAGCCUGAGCACGUGAGCAUGCACACGGAAGCGUCGAGCUUCACACCCAGCAGGCCCCAGAGCAGGCAGCCCCAGGCGCGGGCCCUGUUCCGUGAGUCGUUCCUAUCAACUAGCCGCAGCUCGCGGCUAACUUCAUGAACUUCCUCCAGCAGUUGGCUGGCGCAUAUGUUCCACCACCGCCACCACCGCCACCACCGGUACCUGUGGUCACCAUCGAGAAGCUCCGGAAGAAUGGAGCUGAGGAAUUCCUAGGCGACAAGAUCGCCGACCCCAUGAUCGCUAAACGAUGGUUUGAGCGAACCAUCCGAGUUUUAGGGAACCUGAGGGUUCCACAAGAGUACAUUCCAGAGCACUUCGUCGAGGCGAAGCGAGAGGAGUUCUUGAAAUUCACCCAGGGCAAACUCACACUACCUGAGUAUCGUCAGAAGUUUGACGAGCUCGCAGAGUUUGGGCAAGACCUCGUCCCAACCAUGGAGAAGCGGUGCAAGCGCUUUGUGGAGGGUCUACACCCUGACAUAUCAGCCCAUCUGAUCACUGCUCCUCGGGUUGACAUCAACGCACUAUUCAAGCAUGCGUUGGACAUGAAUGCAGCCCUCAUCAAGAAGGCCGAGUACGAGCUGGCCCAGACGACGCAUCCUCGUCCACCUCCACCUAGCUCUAGCAGCAAGAGGUCUUCCUCCAUGCCAAGCAGCUCGCACACAAGCAAGAAGACCAAGUCAACACAUGCCCCGUCACUAGUGCCUAUACAGGAGAGCGGGAAGGACCCGAGUCAGAGCGGGUACCGCUACUCGAUCUGCACCCAUUGCGGUCGAAGGCAUCCCGGAGAAUGUUGGUUUACUCAGGGCUUAUGCCUAGGAUGUGGUCAGGCCGGGCAUUUCCGUAGGGACUGCCCGAUGAACCCUGGCGAAGCAUUUACGACAGCACCCGAAGCUCCAGCCCCAGCCGCCCAGCCCGCUCAGAGCCAAAGAUCGGUAGCAGUGUCCAGCCAGCCCAAUGGGCCGACGCUGAGCGCUCAGUCUGGAGAGUCCUCAACUCGCACAAACGCAAAGCGCGGACGCACUGAGUAGUUCGCACAUGACGUAAUCAUGGUGAUCAAUGACUAGGUAAAUUUCGAGGACGAAAUUUUUCUUAAGGGGUGGAUAAUUGUAACGCCCUACAACCCGGUCUAUUAGAAUUGAUUGUUUUAAAUAAUUAAUUACUGUUCCGGUC